UUGAAGAACAAAGUCAAUGUGGAAAAUAUACUGCUCAAUUCUAACGCUAACCCGAUCCGAUGUAAAGAUAGCCACGGGUACGGAUGUGCCUUUUGCCCAAAACAGUUUCAAGACACGACUGUACUAAAGAGACAUUUCCUACAAGAACAUAACAAUGACAAACUCAUAAAAUACAUGAGUGCCAAACUCUUUAAACAAGUUAUAAAGCUUGACAUCACCUACUUAAACUGCGCUCUUUGUGACAAGGACAUCACACAUCUCGAUGAUCUUAUAACACACUUGAAGAAUGUACAUAAUAAGCCUAUGUACCUCGAUGUCAAAAGCCAAAUCCUUCCCUUUAGAUUCGACAGCCCACAACUCAAGUGCGCGAUUUGCUCAACAGAAUUCGUUGCGUUCAAACUCUUACAAGAACACAUGAAUAUGCAUUUCGGUAAUUAUAUCUGUGAAAUAUGUGGCGCUGGAUUUGUUACUGAUAGACUAAGGAUGAACCAUGUUAGAAGGCAUGCUAGUGGAGAAUACAAAUGCAAACAAUGCGACAAAACGUUCACAAACGACACGAGAAGGCGAGAACAUGAGAAAAGAACUCAUUUAGGCAUUAGCAAAAGGAACAAAUGUAACUAUUGCACGGAAAAAUUCGUAGAUUAUUGGAAGAAAGUCAAUCAUAUGGUGAAGGAACACGGGAUGCCGCCUGUCGUGUUGAAAUGUUCGGCUUGUGACAGGACGUUUAGUAACCAGAGGGCGCUGUCGACGCAUACGAGGAAGGACCAUUUAAUGGAGAGGAGGCACAAAUGUACCGAUUGCGAUAUGAGGUUCUUUUCAAAGAGCAGUUUGCAAAAGCAUAUGGCAAAACAUACGGGGCUUAGGCAGUUCAAAUGCGAUGUCUGUUUAAAGGCUUAUGGAAGGAAGAAUACUUUGAGAGAACAUAUGAGGAUUCACGCCAAUGAUAGGAGGUUUGCGUGUACCCAUUGUGGGCAGGCGUUCGUACAGAAGUGUAGCUGGAGAAACCAUAUGCGCGCUGUUCAUAAAGAACAUGCUUAACAAAACAUUUAAGGGUGCUUUUCCGACAGAGAUGUGCUAUGCUACGUUGCUGUGGAUGC